CGUAUAAAUAUAUAUAUAUUUGUAUAAUCGUUCGCCCUUAGCUGUUAGCUGUUAGCUUCAACAUGGCUUCGUUUAUUAUCAAACCUGCGAACCUCCGCUGUGUCGUGAGGACGAGCAGGCUCUUCAGUGAGCACCGGACAAGAAAGAUACUGUGUUCAGGCAGAAGCUACGCCACUGAAGGAGACAAUAGGGUUCCCAAAAUAUACACCAAAACUGGAGACAAAGGUUUCUCAAGCACAUUUACAGGAGAAAGGAGGCCGAAGGAAGAUCACAUUUUUCAGGCCUUAGGAAAUACAGACGAGCUAUCAUCAGCCAUAGGCUUGGCCAGAGAAUUUUGCCUUGACAAAGGUCACACGUUCACAUAUCAGCUGGACAAGAUUCAAUGCAUUUUACAAGAUGUGGGCUCCAAUAUCGCCACUCCGCGAUCAUCUGCAAGAGAAAGUCACAUAAAGAAAACAGAAUUUACAGCUCAGCCAAUUACAGACUUGGAAACUUGGAUUGACAGCUUUACAAAAGAACUCCCUCCCCUGACCAACUUCAUUCUGCCUUCUGGAGGGAAGAGCAGUGCAGCUUUGCACUUGGCUCGGACAGUCUGUCGUAGAGCAGAACGCAGUGUUGCUCCAGUCGUGCGCUCGGGGGAGGCAGAUCCAGAUGUUGCAAAGUUUUUGAACAGAUUGAGCGACUACUUGUUCACUGUGGCCAGAUAUGCAGCCAUGAAAGAAGGCAGCAUGGAGAAAAUCUACAAAAGACCCGACUGAGCAGAUUGUCACAUGGUGAUUAAGAAAAAGUUUGUUUCGGGUUGGUUGAUGCAGAUGCUUCAGUUAUGUUGUAAAUAUUUUAAUAAAUAUGAAUGAGGUCUAAAA